CAUGUUUACAAGUAUCAUUACUUCUUAAAGCGUUAUAAUAAAAAUGGCUUCUCCAGAGGUAAAAAUAGCCUUGGAGAGUGAAGAGAUGGCUUUUACAGGAGGCCUGAGAUCUCUUCUUCCCCUUGUAGUAAGAAAUCUAAUUCGAUUCAACAAACUUAAUACCAGCAAUACUUCUGGAAUGGCUGAGGGCUAUAAGCAGGCAAAUGUUGUAAUCUUGCAUAAAUCCCUUGCUGACAACUUUGAAAAGUUUUGCCGAGCAAAUAAUGGGCCUCUGCCACUGCUGUACAGAAGCAAGCCCGGUGACUGGAAAUGCCCUUCUCUGAGCAGCAAUUCUGAUAUUAGAACUGACUGCCUGCAGUACAGAAUAUACGAGUAUGGACUUUGUACUGGAACUCUGACAAGUUUGAAGGAGUAUUCUGACCAGCUUAAAGACAUGGUGACUUUCUACUUAGGCUGCAGCUUCUCAUUUGAAAAGGAAGUCCAGAAAGUUGGUGUUCCUGUAAGGAAUAUUGAGCAGAAAUGUAAUGUAAGCAUGUAUAAGACAGAUGUACCGUGCCUCAGUGUCGCUACUUUUUGCUGCAACUUAGUGGUCACAAUGAGACCCAUUCCUGAAGACAAAUUAGAAGCAGUUGUGCUAGCAACUUAUCCAUUGAAGGAGUCACAUGGAGCACCAGUUCACAUUGGUGAUGCUGGCUUAUUAGGAAUCCAAGACUUUUCCAACCCAGACUAUGGAGAUCCAGUACAGCCUCAUCCUGGGGAUAUUCCAGUGUUUUGGGCCUGUGGAGUAACAGGAAUGGAAGCAAUCUGUAACUGCAAAUCUCCACUAGCUUUCACUCAUUCCCCUGGCUGCAUGUUUAUUACCGACCAGAAAAAUGAAGAUGCUGAAGCUUACCUGAAAGAAAUCCCUGAGGUCCACUGCAUUUCUCAAAGUCCUUUGUAUUACAGCAUUGUAUCAGCUGCAGCAGUAAAAAGGAUAAGAGAUCUAGAAAGUCUAAUUGGAAUAGAUCCAGGACAUCGAGGUGUGAAACACUUGUUCUGUCAGGAUCAGCUGCUAAAGGCUUGUCUGUCCAUUUCACAUGCCCGAUCAGUGCUUAUAACCACAGGAUUUCCUACACACUUCAACCAUGAACCACCUGAAGAGAAUGAUGGACCUCCUGGAGCCAUUGCUAUUGCAGCCAUGUUGCAGGCCUUGGGGAAAUAUGUUGUUAUAGUAACAGACCUGAGAGCCAUGAAUUUAUUUAAAGAGAUCAUUGAAGAAGCUGUUCAGCAAGGAAUACUGAAGGCACCAGUCCCUCUGCUGAGUUAUCAAGGAAAUGUUUCAGAGUCGGCUUUGAUGUUUUUGUGUGAUGAUGGAAAUGUUAAAAAACCCAGAUUUGAUCACCUCAUAGCAAUAGAGCGAGCUGGGAUGGCUGCUGAUGGCAAUUAUUACAAUGCAAGGAAAAUUAAUAUUAAACAUCUGGUGGAUCCCAUAGAUGAAUUGUUUAUAGCAGCACGGACAAUACCUGGAGUCACAACAACAGGCAUUGGAGAUGGAGGAAAUGAACUGGGAAUGGGGAAAGUAAAAGAAGCCGUAAAAAAGCACAUAAAAAAUGGAGAUAUUAUAGCUUGUGAUGUUGAAGCUGAUUUCACUAUUGUAGCUGGGGUCUCUAACUGGGGAGGUUAUGCUGUUGCUUGCUCUCUCUAUAUCCUCAACACCUGCGAGAUACAUGAUCGCUAUCUGAGGAAAGCUAUUGGAUUCCCCAGAUUGUCCCAAAAGGUGGCUUGGGCAUCAGCUCUUCCAGCUGUUACUAAGGAAGAAAAAUUGCUGCAAAUACUUAGACAUUAUGGAGUUCGCAGUGGAGUAACUGCCAGUCUUGAAAUGGAAGUGGAUGGUCUGUCCUUCUAUAGCACACACUCAGAUAUGAUUGAAAAGCUUCUGGGAGUACUACAUUGACUUUCCUUUACAGACUUCCAGAGUUACUGUUAGAUUAUCCCCCCAACACACACACCUGCUAAUAAGGUACUGCUAAAGUUGGGAACAGGCAAAAUAGAUGGUCCUAGAAACCCUUCACUAGCACCUGUGCACCUCCUACUCUUUAAUUAUUAUCCAUACAGCAUGUGAAACUGCAUCUCCAUCUGGAAAAUGAAAAAUAGAAACAAAGAGCGACUAAAAUGAUUUGGCCCAGCUCACACAGGAAGUCUGUGGUAAAGAUAAGAAUUAAAUAAAGAUCUAAGUUCUUGAUUGUGAAUCCAGUCCAGUGCCUUCAUCACAAAACUUUUUUGUCAUGGUGUUAAUUUUAUAAUACUAUUUGAAUUGUAAUGAAACACAAGUACACACUGUGGUAUUAUAUAACAUAAUGGGUGAUCCAUUUUUUAUGUACAAAUUGAAAGUCACCUUGCAUUAAAAAUAGAAGUGUUAUCAUGA